UUGACGUAGUGAAACUGGGAGAGGCGGGGCUUGGAGCUCGUGCAAAGAGUCUCGAGUGGAUAACGGACAGAGCUGGUCUCCGCGAGCCCCGUCUUUCAUUCAUCACCGCAGGAGCUCGUGCGUCAGUCCGCGUUGGUCCUCCGCCAUCUAAACCGACCAUCCACAGUCUCCUCCUCCACCUCCUCCGACCGCCGACACCAAGGACACCGGGACACCGACACUCUACCAAUACCUCCGGUCAUCAUUCGCGGCUGGGCUGCGUGGGAAAAAUGACAUGGAGCCUGCUAUCGCACAACAGAGUGCUAUGCUUAUGUGUUUGCAUCAGCGUGGAGCCUACUGGCAUGAAGCACUGGAGCCAAGGAUCCACCCUGGAGACAUGAAUGAUUUUGGUGACCAUGUUCUCAUCACUUGACCAGCAGAAUCUACUGAAGACAUGUUGUUGUAAAGAUGAAGAUUGAUACCAGCCUGACUAUGCCCCAGCUUCCAGAGGCCCUGUCUCAGGCAGGCCUUCAGUUCGCUGUAGCCACUGAGGAGGACUUUGAUGAGAUCAUGGCAAUGAGCCAGGACAUCUAUGGAGGCCUUGACUACCUGCCUACCAGAUACACCAGCUGGCUGCAGGAGACCAACCGCAUAGUUAUACUGGCACGCAAACAAGGAAAAGUGAUUGCACUGGAGUCAGUGUGUGUGAUUGACGAUGGGGAGACUAUGCUCGUGGAAGGUCUUCGUGUUGCCCCCCAGGAGCGUGGUAAAGGUGUGGCUGGUGUUCUGCUGCGCUUUUGCUCCGAACUGGUUAAAUCCAAGUACCCAGAUGUUAAAGUAGCCCGCCUGACCCGGGAUGAUCAGCUUGGACCCAAAGAUUUCCAGAAGUACCGUGUUAUAACCAAGCAGGGCAUCAUGUUGGUGCGCUUUAGAGCUGAAGACCUCAAGCUCCGACUGUCUGAGCUCGGCCUAGGUGCCGACAUUCAGGCGUCUCUUUCCAACUCCUCAUCUAGCUCCCCUCCAGUGCGUCUUGACCACACAGCCAUCGAACGCCUUUACCUGACCACAGACCUAAUGAAGGGUGUUCUUCCUAAUUCCACCAUCAUUCAAGACUGGCAGCCAUUCAAGCCUCUGCCGAGUAACAUGGCCAUCUUGCUGAAGAAGGACAUUGACUGGAUGGUAGAUGAUGGGACCAACCCCACUGUGGCCAGCCUUUGCACCUUCCCUUUUAGGGUGCCCAUUGGAGAUGAUUGGUAUUACCUGAACAUUGACAUGUUCGGUAAAGACCUGAACCUGGCUCGGCAGCAGUUCUUGUGCCACCUGCAGCGCCACACCGCUACUCUGAAGGGUCAUGUGAUGUGCCAGAUGUUCCUGGACCCGCCUCUGUGGAAGCCCAUGACUGAAUUCUGCCAGAGCACCUUAAGAGUGGAUCUGGUGAAGGAGUACACCGAGCAAUGCGUAGUGGAGUCAGAUAUGGUGUAGUAGAAGGUGGAAAGAAAGGUGAGAUUAGAAAGGAAUGAAAAAACGAUCUAGGAAACAAGUAAUGAACUCGCUUAAUUAUACUUAACAAAAAAAAGAACUCUAUAGAAUAGAAAGCAAGCAAACAAAUUUAAUUCAUACAAAACAAAGCAAGUAUUGAAGUAUCCGGUAAUUUUUAAUCAACGACAUAUGCAGGAUGUGGACACAAAAUCAUAAAAGUCACCGGUGUUUCACUUCAACACUUACGGACUUGUUUUUGUUUGGGUGUUGAUGCUACUUUAUAUUUAAGGCUGUAGUUUUGGUGUUCUGUUUUGUGCCCAGAGAGAACACUAUUACCUCUUUAAAUAGAGACUGUAGUCUACUUGGUUUGAUGCUUUCAAGGAUUCUUUAUUUUCAUCCAUCAUGAGCCAUGAAGAACGAAAUAUAGAGCUCAGGUCUCAGUAAAAAAAAAAAAAAAUUAACAGCAAGUCAACCAUUUUGAGCUUCAAUGCACACUCUCAGACCUCCAUGCACAUCAGGUUGGGCUGAAGGGGUUAUAUUAUAUACCCCUGUAACGGCCUGCAUCAACAGUGCAACAUCUGGAAAAGAAAAAAACAGACUAAAAUUGCAUAGUCAAACCAAAAUGGCUGACUUGCUCGUAGAGUACAAAUUUGAGCUAUUUCUGCUGAA